GGACCCCGGUAGGCGGUGCACUGGCAGGAGGUGGGAUGGACUCGGAUGGGGUGGGAUGCAAUUCUCCUUGCUUGCCGCGGGAUUGUGGGAUUGUGGGAUUGUGGGAUUGAGGGAGUGAGGGAUUGAGGGAUAGCCCUUGUCCAGACCAUAAACCGAGCCUCACGCACCGCAUUCAGUUCACCUGCUCACAAUUGUCAGUACUAGCUCAUCGGGCUGCAUUCCAUAUUGCAGGCCUUGAUCCGUGCAAUGCUCUUCUCGUUCCCCGUGGUCCUCACCUUGGGGACGCUCAUUCUGGCGGCAUGGCUCCUCCGUGGCUAUUUACGACUCCGACACAUCCCCGGCCCUUGGUUAUCAGCCCUAUCUAAUGUGCCUCGUUCGUAUUGGAUUUGGACCAAUCGAUCCCACGAGAUCCACAUUGAUCUGCACCGAAAGUACGGGCGGCUUGUCCGCUUCGGACCAAAUAUGAUCUCGGUGACUGACCCCCGGGAGAUCCCUCACAUCUACAGUUUUGCAGGCACCUUUGGCAAGUCCGAUUUCUACCGGGCCCUUGCCUUCUAUGUGCGGGGAAAACCCGUGCAGACUAUUUUCGCCACACAGGACGAACGGAUCCAUCACCUUCUGCGACGGCCCAUCGCCGGGUUGUAUUCGAUGAGCAACGUGGUCUCAUUUGAGCCAUAUGUCGAUUCCACGAUGAAGGUUCUAUUCGAACGACUCGAUGAGGAGUUUGUCCGCUCUGGCAGCGUUUGCAACCUUGAGGCUUGGCUUCAGUACUUUGCGUUUGAUGUUAUCGGAGAAUUGACCUUCUCCAAGCGCCUGGGUUUUUUACAACAUGGUGGCGAUGUGGAUGGCAUUAUUCACGCUAUCGAUCAGUACUUCGACACUGCAGCUAUUGUGUCGCAAAUACCCUGGGUUGACUGGCUCUGGGCUAAGAACCCUCUUCUCCAGCGCUUUCGCAAGCACAGCGUGAAUCCGAUCGUUGCCUUUGCGCUGGCCCGUGCUGCUGAACGACAAAGUGAAAAGAAAGAGGCCAAUGAGAACGGACGCUCUGAUACCAGAGACUUCCUUUCUCAGUUCCUCGAGGCAAUCGAGAAGGACCCGAGCAUACCGCCCUGGGCGCUCACAGCAUGGACAACAUCCAACGUGGGUGCAGGGAGCGACACGACGGCCAUCCUUCUCCGUUCCAUCAUCUACCAGCUACUCAAGCACCCUGAGUGUCUGGCGCGGCUGCUCGGAGAACUCAAGAGAGCCCGCCAGCAGGGGCAGCUGUCCGACGUGGUAACCUGGCGAGAAGCCCGAGAGCUACCGUACCUGGACGCGGUAAUCAAGGAGUCUGGUCGGCUACAUCCCCCCUUCGGGUUGCCCUUUGAACGUGUGGUUCCCCCGGAGGGAGCAGUCAUCUGCGGAAAGUCUAUUCCAGGCGGCUCAGUGGUGGGCAUCAGUGCUUGGGCUAUCCAUCGCGACCCGGAGACGUUUGGCGCCGAUUGUGACGAAUGGAAGCCAGAACGAUGGCUUUGUGACGAGAAUACGCGACGUAGGAUGGACAGUGCUUUAAUGACAUUUGGGGCGGGCCGUCGCGUGUGUCUUGGCAAGCACAUCUCAUAUCUGGAGAUCUACAAGUUGGUACCGACCCUGUUUCAGCGAUACGAGCUCUGCUUUGCUCAUCCUGGUGACGUUCGAUGGCAGGUCAAAAACCGAUGGUUUGUUCACCAGACCGGGUUGAGUGUGAGGAUCAAAUACAGGGAAGAAUUUGCAUAACGCGUAAAAGACGAGGAUAUGUCUCGAGUCUGUCAAUAACCGCGAUGGCAAUUGAUAGCGUAGCACCUUGAAAUGUUAUCUUGGAUUCUAGAAGGCACUCAA